CGAUUCUAUAUCAUCCUCUAAUGCAUCAAGUGGAAGCACUGUCUGGAAGCACUUUCAUAGAAGACCUUCAUAUGCACCAAAUCACAAUGUUUGCAAAUAUUGCCGUCCUAGAAAAAAAUACAAAAUAACAACUGGCUUAUCAACUUUACGGGCCAUCUUAUAUCCAAACACCAGUUAG